AAAGAAUCGGCGACGACAAAAACGGUCACAUGCCGCCGUAAAAAUAUGGUUUCACGCGCAACGGCUGAGUGACCGAGUCUUGAUAAACACACCGUUUCACCGUCCAAAAUUUCUCAAAAUUCCCCCCACUUUCUUCUUCUUCUUCCUCUUCAUUUUACUUUUUCUAUAACUAACCGCUCCUCUCUGUCGCAAAAAGUAACCAAAAAUCACAUCAUUUGAUCUCUACCUUAAAACCCAAGCAACAAUUUCAUAACCCAACACAGACCCACCUCCACUUUAACACCCACUCAACAAAAAGUACUAAAAAGUCCCCAUCUUUAGCCCACCACGCCACCUUCUUCAUAAUUUUUCUAACUCAAUUAUGUCCCGAAUUUUCAGAGAUAAAUCGUUGGGUAACUCUAAAAGACACAGCAGUAACUCGGGUCUGACUCCAAUUAUGCUAAUUCAUCCAGUUCAAGACGAUGUUCACUCGCCUUUUAGCGACGCUGCUCCUAAUUUAUCCACUUCUGAGCUUCGUGAGUCUGCUUAUGAGAUCUUAAUCGCUGCCUGCCGGAGUUCCAGUAGUCGGGCCUUGACUUAUAUUCCCCAGUCUGAAAAAAAUGGUGGUGGUGGUGGGAGUGGUGGUGCGUCUUUGAGUCACGCGCCGUCGUUGCAGCGGUCGUUGACUUCUACGGCUGCUAGUAAAGUGAAGAAGGCGUUGGGUAUGAGGUCGGAAUCGCUGAUGAAGAGGAGAAGUGGCGGUGGAGGUGGAGAUGAGGUGGUGAGUAAUGGGAGAGAGAGGAAGCUGGUGACUGUUGGUGAGUUGGUUAGGGUUCAGAUGAGAGUGUCGGAGCAGACUGAUUCGAGGAUUAGGCGUGCGCUUUUGAGGAUUGCAGCUGGCCAGCUCGGAAGGCGUAUAGAGUGGAUGGUUUUGCCACUCGAGCUACUGCAGCAACUCAAGUUUUCUGAUUUUCAUAAUCAACAAGAAUAUGAAGCUUGGCAGAGGAGGAAUUUGAAGCUUCUAGAGGCUGGAUUGCUUUUGCAUCCUCACCUACCGCAUAGUAAGACGGACACUUCUCCACGGCGACUCCAGCAGAUAAUUCGCGGGGCAUUGGAGAAGCCCAUUGAAACAGGAAAGAACAACGAGUCAUUGCAAGUUCUUCGAAAUGUAGUUAUGUCGCUUGCUUGUAGAUCAUUUGAUGGGUCGGUCUCUGAAAAUUGCCAUUGGGCCGAUGGCUUUCCUUUGAAUUUGAGACUCUACCAAGUGCUUUUAGAUGCUUGUUUUGAUGUUAAUGAUGAAUCAAUUGUUAUCGAAGAAAUUGACGAGGUUUUAGAACUUAUUAAGAAAACUUGGGGAAUCCUCGGAAUGAACCAGAUGCUGCAUAAUCUUUGCUUUUUGUGGGUUUUAUUUGAGCACUAUGUUGCAACUGGCCAAGUUGAGGAUGACUUAUUGUUUGCUGCUAACAAUCUGUUGAUUGAAGUUGAGAAAGACGCAAAAACAAAUAAGGACCUUGAUUACUCCAAGAUUUUGAGUUCCGUAUUGAGUUCAUUAUUGGGUUGGGCGGAGAAAAAGCUUCUUGCUUACCAUGACAGUUUUCAUAGUGAUAAUAUUGAAUCAAUGCAAACAGUUGCUUCUUUGGCUGUUGUGGCAGCAAAAAUACUGGUUGAAGAUAUCUCGUAUGAGUAUCGUAGAAAAAAGAAAGACGUUGAUGUCGCUUUUGAGAGGAUCGACACUUACAUUAGGAAAUCUUUGAAAGCUGCUUUUUCUCAGAAAAUGGAGAAAGUUAAGUCGAGCAAGCAUUCAAGACACGAGAAGAAUCCACUUCCGAGCCUAUCCGCGCUUGCUCGAGAAAUUAGUGAACUGGCUUUUAACGAGAAGGCUAUAUUUAGCCCAGUACUUAAGAGAUGGCACCCUCUUGCAGCAGGUGUAGCUGUAGCCACCCUUCACUCUUGCUAUGGAAAUGAGCUGAAGAAAUUCAUUUCGGGUAUUAGUGAACUGACACCUGAUGCAAUAGAAGUGCUGUGUGCUGCUGACAAAUUGGAGAAAGAUCUCGUGCAGAUUGCAGUGGAAGACGCAGUUAACAGCGAUGAUGGAGGAAAGUCUGUAAUUCAGGAGAUGCCUCCUUAUGAUGCCGAAGCUUUAAUUGCUGAUCUUGUUAAAUCGUGGAUAAAGACGAGAGUUGACCGGGUGAAGGAAUGGACUGAUCGGAAUCUGCAACAAGAGGUAUGGAAUCCACAGGCAAACAAACAGCGAUUUGCUCCUUCCGCCAUUGAAGUUUUACGAAUUAUUGACGAAACUUUGGAGGCAUUCUUCCUAUUGCCAAUACCUAUGCAUCCAACCUUGCUUCCUGACCUGAUCUCUGGGCUCGACAAAUGUCUGCAGAAUUACGUAUUGAAGACAAAAUCUGGCUGUGGGACCCGAAGUACGUACAUGCCUACUAUGCCUGCGUUGACUCGAUGUACAAUGGGAUCGAAAUUUCACGUCUUUAGAAAGAAGGAAAGGCUGCAUAUAGCCCCAAGAAGGAAACCUCAGGUUGGGUAUACAAAUGGGGACACCUCCUCCUAUGGGAUACCCCAACUAUGCGUACGUAUUAAUACACUGCAGCAUCUUCGCAUGCAGUUGGAUGUCUUGGAGAAGAAGACAGUUGUUCAACUAAAGAAUACGAAGUCAUCUCAAACCUAUGAUUUUGGCAGCGGAAUGGGAAAGAAGUUCGAUUUUUCCUCAGCUGCUUGUGUGGAAGGUAUCCAACAACUUUGUGAGGCAACGUCAUAUAAGAUUGUUUUCCAUGAGCUAAGUCAUGUUUUCUGGGACGGGCUCUAUGCCGGAGAUGUUUCGUCUUCUAGAAUUGAUCCUGUCAUUCAAGAACUGGAACAGUAUUUGGAAAUUAUUUCAUCUACAGUGCACGACAGGGUUAGAACACGUGUUAUUACGGAUGUGAUGAAAGCUUCCUUUGAUGGGUUUCUAUUGGUUUUGCUCGCUGGAGGUCCUUCUCGUGCUUUCACUCCGGAAGAUUUUGAACUAAUCGAUGAUGAUUUUAAGUUUCUCAGAGAUUUAUUCUGGUCUAAUGGAGAUGGAUUGCCAAUUGAGCUAAUAGAUAAGUUUUCAACAACAGUUAGAGGUGUGCUCCCUCUAUUUCGUACAGACACAGAGAGUCUAGUUGAGCGAUUUCUAAGUCUUACUACGGAGAGUUAUGGGUCUUCUGAUAAAUCGAGGCUUCCAUUGCCUCCGACUUCAGGCCAGUGGAAUCCUACAGAACCAAACACUCUUUUAAGAGUUUUGUGUUACCGAUGUGAUGAAACAGCUAUAAAGUUUCUGAAAAAGACUUAUAACUUGCCUAAGAAACUAUAAUAAUGAUAAAGUUUCUGAAGACGACUUAUAACAGCAUUGCCUCGGGUUAUCUUGUUAAGAACUUCUGUGAAAAGAUUGUGUCGUGGAUUUGCUGAUAUUUAUAGCAUCAACUUAGUCUUGGUUCUGGAUGGUGGAGUCGUGGACCUGCCGCUAGUGACGGGAACUCUUUUGGAUAAAAUACGAGUUUAUAGUUUUUGUACAGUAUUUAUUGGUUUGAUUCUUUCGGAGUUCUGAAGAGUUUGUGGAGUAAGCAGGAAAUUAUACUGGUUGCUCUUUUUCUUACAUGUAGAUGACUAAUAACAAAGGUGAAAUUAAAGUUAUUUCAAGGAAGAGUAUAUGGCAAGCAUUGGAGAGCCUAUUAAUUGUUUAAAAAUGAGAAAUUGGAUUCUUCCCUUUAUAAUAUUUCUAAUCAUUAUGAAA